AUGGCGAUCAACAAAUUGUUUAGGCUUCUAAAAUCUGAACAAGGAAAAGGCUUUCUCAACAACUUUGCUGUGGCUGCGAUUUUUGCUGGUAUUGGUGAACUUGCUUCUCAACAAAAAGAAGAGCGAACGAUUGAGAAGGAUAACACGACACUAAUGGCUCUGAAAGAUCUAUCUCUAACCACUGCAGAUAUUGUAAGGCAUGUACGGCAAAGUGAGGAAAGGAUCCUCAACAAGAACCAGCCACUGAAGAUUCUAGGAGGAGCUGAUCACUUAGAGGCUCAAAAAAGACUCAAAGCUCUUGCAAAAAGCUUGUUGGCAGACGAGACCAUUCCUAAAGCAAGCCUCGACAGGAUUCUCCCAUCCUAUGGUGUGGAGAAAUUCACCCCACAAGUGGGGGAUUCCUUCGAUUCCAAUAAGCACCGCAUAGAUCACUUUGUGAUCAAAGCCAAUCAUAACCUUAACAUGAUUGUUCAUGUGAAUCAGGCUGGUUACCUGUUUGAAGGCGAGGUUAUCAGGAGACUGAUCAUGAUGUAA